AGAGCCUCAUUUUACUUCACUUUGAAUCACUCCUCUCCUCUCCCUUUCACUGUACUCUCUCUCUCUCUCUCUAAAUUCAACAUACUCAUCUUUUUCAAUCUUGGGAAGAGUCACAGGUUGUGUAUGGAUGGAUCCUUCUAGUGCACAACACCAUCAGGAGAUCGCAACUCAUCAAACCCUAGAAAGCAUGUUGGUUUGCACAAAAACAAAUCAAGAGAAGAAACCAAGGCCUCAGCCAGAACAAGCACAGAAGUGCCCUAGAUGUGAAUCCACCAACACCAAGUUUUGUUACUACAACAACUACAGUCUCUCUCAGCCAAGGUACUUUUGCAAGUCAUGCAAGAGGUAUUGGACCAAAGGAGGAACACUGAGAAAUGUUCCAGUAGGUGGAGGAUGCAGGAAGAACAGGAGGUCCUCACCACCAUCAAAGAGGAGCCAAGAUGAUCAUCAACCACUGAUCCCAACCCAUCACAAUCCCCUCUCUACUCUCCCUUGCUUGACCUAUGAUUCCAAUGAUCUCAGCCUUGCAUUUGCUAGGCUCCACAAUCAACCAAAUGGUCAUCUAGGGUUUGAUCAUGAUCAUCAUCAUCAUGAUCAGGGUGUUCCAAUGUUUGAUGUUCUUGGAAACCCUAAUGUCCAAACCUAUGGUACAACUCCUCAUGCCUUUCUUGAAGCCCCAAAUGGCUUUCAUGGUUUGUACUAUGGGAUGAUGGGUAAUGGGGGUGGUGUGAGUGUCAAUGCUAGUGGAGAAAUGGUGAGGCCAUAUGAAGAUAUGACAGUGACAACAAUGAAGCAAGAAUUGAGCAAUGGAAGAGAAGGAGAGAAUAGAGUGUUGUGGGGAUUCCCAUGGCAAAUUAGUGGAGAUGCAAACAUGGGUGAUGUUGAUUCAGGGAGAGAGAGUUGGAAUGCAUUUGGUUCAUCUUGGCAUGGACUUCUCCAUAGCCCUCUAAUGUAGGGCAGCUCAGUGUACCAGUCUCCAAUCAAUACAGAAUCUGGAAAGAGUUAGAUGUACGCAACCUUACACCACAUGCACAGAGCUUGUUUCCAUGGUUCAAAGCAAUAGUCAUCUCAUGUAGAUGUUAGAAAUCUCCUUGCUUGCUAGAAAUAGAAAUUAUAGUUCUUUUUUUUUUUUUUUUUUUUUGUUGGGGGGGGGGGGGUGUUGUGUGUGUGUAUCAUCAGAGGCUGUAGUUUGGGGUGAGAGAGACUCAUCUAUGACAAUAUUCAAACUCCUGAUUACCUAUUAAGGUGUUGGGAUUUUGGUCAAUGAUAGAAUUGAGCUAGUCCCAAUGAUAGAACUUUCUUGUCUUCAAUUAUUAGACUCGAAUGUUAAUUUUAAUCUUUUGAUUUUGGUUUAA